AUCCCAUCUCUUUCCUAUCUCUCCCACAGGGCGCACACAAAUUUUGAAACCAUUUCCUCUCCUUCUCUCUCAAGAAACAAAAUCGAAGAAUCCCAGCUGGUUCUUCUUCAAAAAUGGCGUACAGGGAAGAGGAAAAAAUCCCAGUCUUUUCCGUCCUCAAGAACGGCGCGAUUCUCAAGAACCUCUUCCUAGUCAACAAUGUUACAGAUCGAGAGAACGAGGAGACAAUAGUUCUCGGACGACACCCAGAUUGCAACAUAAUGCUUACUCAUCCAAGCAUUAGCAGAUUCCAUCUUCAAAUCCAUUUGAAUCCCUCUUCGCACAAGGUUUUUGUUGUGGAUUUAUCAUCAGUCCACGGAACGUGGGUUUCAGGGAAGAGGAUUGAAGCAGGGGCUAGAGUGGAGAUGAGGGAAGGGGAUACUCUCAGUGUUGGUGGCUCCAGCAGAGUUUAUAAGCUUCAUUGGGUUCCUUUGAGAGAUGCUUAUGAUUUUGAAUGUCCUAAAGAAAAUAAGGAAGAGGAACUUGCAAUUAUAGACGAGAAGGCCGUGGAGGAUUGCGAGAAGGAGAUCUCAUUAUCAGAUGAAAAUAAAGAAACUGUGGAGGAUUCAGUUUCUGAUUCUAUUGUGCCUUUAUAUUCUGAUGAGAGUUGGAACAUGGAGUUGAUAAAGGAAGUCAGUGUAGCACCUCCAUCUGGAGAAGUUGAAGGCAUGGUUGUGUCUUCUGUCAAUGAAUGUGGAAAGGAGGAAACUAGUUUGUUUAGCAUACCAUUUGGAAAUGAACUGAAAAGCUUGGAAAUGAGCCUUCAAUCCCCUUGUCUGCCUCUUUCAGCUGAUAAUCUGUCUUUUAAUGUUGAAAACAUUAUCAUGUCUUCAAUCUUUGAUAGUGAAACCGAGAGUUCCUCUUGUAAUAUGUUUGAGUGGGAGGAAACUAAUUCAAACAUUUUGCCUGUGGUUGAUGUUAUUACCACUUCAGAGAAUGGAUAUCAACAAUUAGACAAUGAAAAGGAGAGCCUGCAACCCCCUUCCAUGUCUGUUUGUAAAGGGAAUGUUUCUGAUAUUGAAGACACUUCAAUAGAAAUGAGAGCUCAUCUAGAAAUGAGUUUGAACAUCUACGAGAGCUCAUCUAGAAAUGAGUUUGAACAGAUAGAAAUUAGUAAUGUAGCUGUGGUUGAUGAUGAGAAGCCUCAACCAUUCGACAUUGAAAGUCGACAAGUUCUUGCAGAGAGGAAUUCAUCCUCGAACGUUGGGGAUGUUGUAGAAAUCCAAUAUGUAGCACCAGAUCAAGAAGUAAAAUCAGAAACUGCCACAGAAAAGAAUGAGUUCAUGGAGGAACGUGAGCUGCUGCAUCCUCUAGAAGACAAUCACUCUUCAAUUAGCACAGAACAAUGCCUUCAGGACAUGGAAAUGCUAAGCAAAAGCCAAGCUGAAAUUGGGGAAGAUUAUGUAGAUAAAAGAAAUGAAGAGUUAUAUACUGCAAGACUAGAAACAUUUGAACCGAGCGAAAGUGUAGCAGAGAAAGAUUAUGAACAUAAGGAACUCUCAGAGCCCAGUUUUUUACCUUGUGCAACAGACCUUGUUGACGUUGUUGAGGUUUGCUCAAAGAUUGCAGUUAAGAAAGAAAUCCAGACAUUACAUGAAAAUGUAGAAGCAACUUCGCCCACAAGAUCAGAGAACGUAUCAGCCAUGGGAGGAAGCAUUUGGUUAAGAAGAGGUAGACCAACUGGUUUUCCUCGAGUUGAAAUAGGAGCGAGUCGAGAAAAUCGAGCAGGGACUUCAUUAAUGGAUGAAAUGAGUUCUGAGAUAACAGGAGAUGAAACAGUGACAAAUACUCUUCUCUCUGAUUUGGGUGGGGAGGAGGAAGAAGAAAUGUUUACUCCAGACAAGGAGAAUUUCACACCAAACACACUUUUGAUGAAAUCAUUGAACAAGAAGGCUACCAUAGAAAGCAGUGGGGAUUCCUUCAGGUCAUCCAAGUCCCAAACAUCAAUGUUCAAGUCUAGACAUAAUGUGAAACAAGAAGAAGAGCUAAGUGAAGAAUCAGACAAAGAGAACCAAACUCCCAGAGCUCUCCAAGAACAAAAACUGGCAAAACAAAUCUCUAAGAAUAGGAAGUUUGGAAAGGAAAAGUUAUUGAUAAAGAGAGGAGGAAUGGAACGGGCACCGUUCCAAUCAUUGCAGUUGAAUUUGGCCGAAAAGAAGAGACCGGAGGCUACUUCUGCCAGAAAGAGUAAUAUAGCUAUGUCGACAGGGGCCAUGAAGAAAAAACUCACAGUAGAAGGGAAGAAGCGUUGGACUAUGGUUGUGGACAUCAAUUCUCUUCUGAACAAGGAAUCAAUGAAGUCACUACAGCGUUUACAAGGUCUCCAAGGGACACAUUUGAUCGUUCCGCGAAUUGUCAUAAGGGAGCUGGAUUGCUUGAGACGACACGGUCGCCUCUUCCGGAAAACAACAGAGGCAGCUUCAGUUCUUGAAUGGAUUGAAGAUUGCAUGGUGAAAACAAGAUGGUGGAUUGAUGUUGAGAGUUGGGAAGAAGGCAGGCCUGCUGCAACACCUCCGGCUACUCCUCAAGCUCCAUACACUGAGGAGAGCAGUGAGAGUUUGCUGUGGAGGACAUCAAGCAAAAUCCAGUCCAUUGCUGCACAGCGAAGUUUGAUGGAAGCUCUUUCACCAACUCCAGAAGAUCAUAUCCUUGACUGUGCUCUUCACGCUAGGAGGAGGGCAGUGAAUCAUGGACAACUUGUUGUGUUAAGCGAUGAUGUGACCCUGAAAAUAAAAGCCAUGGCUGAGGGACUAAUUUGUGAAACGGCCAAAGAAUUCAGGGAAAGUUUAGUGAAUCCAUUUUCAGAGAGAUUCUUGUGGGCUGAUAGCUCUCCAAGGGGACUUACUUGGUCUUGCCCUGAUGAUGUUGUCUUGAGGGAACGGUACGAUCGAUGCUCGUCGAGGUCGUCGAAAGGGUCCGAGGGAGCCAAGGGCCUGAAGCUCAUUUUGCUUCACAACUCCCAUUAUGGAGUGUCCAGAUAAGAGAUUUCUGUUAUCUCUUGUAACAACAGACUCUGUUUUGCACACUCUCGGAAACUGCUGGUUUUUUAGUAAAUUUUGCAAUCAAUAUGGAAU